GAUUCCAACAGCUGCGCGAGAGCCGGCGGUUGGUCGGGGGGGUGGGGGGAGGAGGGCGCCAACGGUCGUUUACCGCCUUCCCGCCCCUCCGUCCCUUCAGUCUGCGCAACGUUGCGCACAUUCCGGCGGCCGCCCGUGUCAGGCCCGGCGCUGGAAUCAGGCCCCUCCUCCUCCUCCCACCAACAUCGCCAGGCGGUGACAGGCUUCAUUUCUUUACCCCCCCCCAAUAUCACAACAUCAACUCCAUCUACUUUUUUUUCCCCCCCGGGUGGGGGCCGCUUUUAGCACAAAACGGGCGCGGCGUUCGCCCGUAGCGGGCCACCUCCGCUCACUUUCAGGCCGGUUGCUGCCCCCACACCACCCCCCCCAAUUCACACCCUUUCUCGCCUGUUUCAGGCCAACUGCUGGGCCCUUUGCAGCCAAUCCAAUCUCCUCCCUGCCCACCUAUAGCAGCAACCCCCACCCUUUCUCAGGCCAAACCCUGCACCCCCCCCCCCCAAUGCCCACAUUGUCACCCACACCCUUUCUGGCCUGUUGCUUGCCCAUUUUCAGCCAAUCCAACCUUUCCACUCCUCACCUAGAGCUGCUUUCCCACCCCUCCCUGUCCACACCCUUUCUGGCCUGUUUCACACAUAACGGACUUACCCCUGCCCACACAGAGACACAAAUUGUCACCCACACCCUUUCUCACCUGUAUUAAUCUCUUCGCUGCCACCUUCCUCAUCCAUACAAUUCCUGACCCAUUAUCAGACCUCCUACCUUGCCUAUUUCAGGCCACAGCUCCUCGUCCAUAUCAGCCCUGCCUUCUCCACAAAGCUCACCUUUUGCCAGUAUCAGGCCUGCCCCACCUACUUUCAGGCUGUCCUCAUCCCACAUGACGGGUACCCCCUUGCCCAUUUUCAGACUGGCCAUCUCAUCCCUUUUUGCUAGAUCAAGCUCAGUCCCUCACUGCAGGGAUUGUGUUUACCUCCAUCUUCAGCCAUUUGUUUUUCUUCUUUGAGGAAAAACAGGGAGGAACUAAGUCUCCAGUGAGUUUGAGCAACAUCAUUCUGUGCCCUUGGCAACCCGUCUGCUUCCCAAUUACUGACACUGCUGGUGGGCAUGACCUGUGUAGACAUUCCUCAUGUUUUAAAUGUCUUUGUGACAACCAUUGGACCAUAAGAGAUACCCCAGUCAAACCUGAUCCCAUUCUUGCAUAACAUCCAUCCUCAGUCUUCCAAUGGUGGGGGUAAGAAUUACCCCAUUUUUACAGCCACUGUAGCUGGUGUCUAUUAGAUCAACAGUGGAUGCCACCCUUGUGGGAGCUUCUGUCAAACACAGACUGGGAACUGAACUUUGUCCAUGUGCCUCUAUAACACACUGAGUGGGUGCACUGUCAUCUGAGCUGUUCUACAUGACUUUUAUAUUAAACUACGCUUGCAUUUUUUAAAAAAAAACUUCCUUCAGAGUUGAUUGAAAGCCAGUUUCAGUCCAGCUGGUACUACCUGCAGAUCAUUGUACCAUGUGCUACUUGGCAAACAUGUUUAGGAUGUGGGUGGAGAUUGGUAACUUGCCAUUGUCCUUUAGACUCCCAGUGCUGGUACCUCCUCUCAUGAUGCAACUCCUGGUUUUGCUGACAUUUUGACCAAGAGAUGGACGACACCGAUAAUGCCGUUGUCGAGGCCGAUAUUAGAGUUUCGGACUGUGUCGUGGCCAACUAUCCCACUCCAAGCAAAGACAGUCAUAGCCCACCCAAGACAGGAGCAAGCCUCAAUUCUGCACGCACUGGAGAGGAGGAAGGACUAUGGAGCCAUGAACCAGCAAUGGGUGAAGGAAGUGACCAACGUACAGGGAGCGAGGGGAAUCAAAGCUGGGAUUGCCCAGAAUCCCCAACUUCUGAUUCGGAUGACUACAUUUCUGACUUUGACAGUGUGCUGUCUGACGAGGAAUUAACUGGAGAACAUGACUAUCUCAGGUCCCUGUUGCGAAUCAUUGGGGAACCUCCCCCAUUUCCAUAUUACAGUGAGUUUGAGAAAGCUAUGAAUAGUCCUGGAAUAAAGAGUUCUUUCUCAUCCCUGCAUGCUGGAGGAGAAGGAGAGACCGUCCACAAUCAGCUUGCUGCAUUAUCAUCGGACAGAGAUAAAUCUUCUUCAUUUAACAAUGUGGGAGAUGCAAGCACAUCUAGUUCAAGGAAUGUUUCCCAGUGCAGAGAGGUGGCACAUUCAGGUGUUGUUGCUCCAUUCUCCAACAGGACUCUAUCACACCCAUCUUUUCACUCCUUUUAUGCUGCUGUUUCAUCUCAGCAGUCACAGAGUGUCUUUGCUGAACUUGAUGACUGCAGAUUUAAGAACAAAGAUUCCACUGAUUGCCACUCUAGACCUGACCACACAGUGAAAUCUGAAGCCAGCAUUCUCCGUUCCCAAGAAAUUCACAUGCCGGCCAUCCAUCAAUGUGAGUUUUUCUAUACUGACCCAAUGCUGCCAUCUGGUUAUCGGGUUUACAACCGUCUUUCACUUCCCACACGCCAGGUGCUUCAAGGUUUACGGCUCAACACUCCUUCACCCAUCAUGUCUGCAAGUGUGGCUCCCAGUGUCCAGAGAGACAGUCACACUCCAGUCAGUCAUGCUUCUCACUCUCUGAAUAGAUGCCAGGAGCAGAGCCACCCUGUAUCUACAGCAGAACGUGAUGCCAUCACUACCUUGCUGGACCUUAGCCAGUGUGGCCACAUUGACAGCACAAGGACAGAAACCAUGCAAUGCACACUGAAGAGCAAAUGUGUUCACCAGUCAAAGGAUCACCAGGAUGUUGGAACAAACUGUGUUAAGUUACCAGCCAACCCAGAAGAUUCUAAUAUAAAGGAUUGUGAUGUCCCCAAACAAAAGAACCCCCAGUUUAACAGCUGGAGCAAGACUUCAAUGGAAUCUUCUCCAACCACAGAGCUUUAUAAAAUCAAACAUGUAGCUGAGUCUAAAUGGGAACUCAAAUAUGCUGAUUCCACUAAAGCAUCCACAAAAUCUGAAGGUAGACCAUCAAGCACUUCCUCAGAGACCAAGAUUAAAACUGAAAAGUUGCUGUGUAUCGGGAGAGAAUCUGUAGACUUUGUGGGCAUUGUGCCAGAUGUAUCUCAGGAAAAUGAAGUCAGCAGUUGUGACUUUCCUACUUAGCACAGCCAAGUCAAACAAUUUGAAGAUAUUGUAAAAGAAAUUGGGCCACAGAUAAAUAAAUGUAAGUUAUCAAGCCCAAGUAGGACAGCAAUGGCAGAUAGAGGAAAAAGAUCUUCAGCCAAAGAUUUUACCCCAUGUUGACAAUAUUUUUAAUUCAACUGUAGAAACUCAACAUGGUAAAGUUCAUUCUGCCUAGCUUGUCGAGUUAUCCCUCAUAGCUCCCAUGUGGGUAUUAGUGAGAGCCAGGGAAGAUGGAACAGCUAUUUUCAGAACUAAUCUGUGACACAGCUGGGACAUAUUAAGGUGGUUUAAAAUUUGAGAUCUUUCAGAAAGAUACAGAAAGUGGCUGCUGGUGAAUGAUAAUUGCACUGAAAUGA